AUGAACGAGGGCGAGGAAUGCAAAAAUUUUAGAGAAAUAAACACAAAGUUACUAAUAGAAUUAAAGGAAGCCAGGGAAUUAGAAAAAUCUCACCGUUAUCAUUUAAUGUCAUCGCGUGAAAUGAUAGCCAAUUUGCAGGAGACAGUUUCACACUUGGUUUAUCUUAAACGUGAUGUGAAAAAGAUUAAAGAUGAACUAGUUUCUAAAGAUUCUAUUCUAGACACAUUGGAAAAGGAAAAAGAAAAUGUUUCGAGGAAACACAACGAAGUCUUAAUAGAAUUACAAGCCGCACACGACAAAGAAAUUAAGGACUUGGUGAAGGAUAACGACAAGAGAGCUCAACAGGUUCAAAUAGAUUUAGAUACCCAAAUUGCUCAGGUGACGUUUGUCGCCGAAGAAUUGCGCAACAGGAUCAGAGAAAUAGAAAACGAACAUCAAGAGAAAAUGAAUGCGGUGGUGCUGGAUUACGAGGAGAAGCUCCAGCACCAGGUCCGGCUCCAGGAGCGAGCCACGAAAGAGGCGGAAGCCUCUCGGGCCCAUCUCCAGGCCUAUCAGAGGAAAUUAGAAAUCCUAGAAGAGAAAGUCAAGCAAAGUCAGUUCAAGGAAUACGUAGCUCGGAGCGUAUACACUCCGGAACGCGAGAGUAAAGCGGAGCGGCCUUAUUCCGUCGAAACGAAUGCGACGUACGGGUACAAUGCACCCGGACAGCUCACGGCACGGGCUACACAUUCGGAGAAUAAGUCCGAGACGAACGAGAAGGGCCCGUUUAACAUCAUUAAGAAGAGGAAGCUGUACACCGACAAGGGCUUUUUGAACAUGUGAUGCUUUAUUUGAUUGC